AUUAUUUGAUAAGCGGCCUGUAUUUAGUCCUAAGUAAUUAAAAAAAAUUCUAAAUAAAAUUAAACAGUUAAAAAGUUGAAUAACACGGAAGUUUUAUAUUUAAUUCAUGACUUGACGAAUAAGGUACUUUGAAUGUUUAUAAAUAAAAAAACAGUAUUGUUGUACUUAAAUUAUUUGUGACAUACUCAUCCUUUAACUGAAAUAAUGAUAUUUUUACGAACAAGUAUGAAAUAAGAGAAUAAUUAACUAUUAAUAUCCAUACAUUUUUUGAGAUGCCUUGUCAAGGUUGUUUAAAACGGAUUGCAAUUCUGUAAAAUUACCACUUUCUCAAUUGUAACUAUUUAAAAAUAGUUUUAUAGGUUUAUCAAAUAUAAAAAAUUAUAAGCAAUGAUUUCAAAAAUUGUCACAGUUCUUUUAUUCAUUUGUUUUUUAGUGACUUGUUGUAUUAUAUCAAGUUUUUUCGGAAUAAUAUUAUUACUCAUAUUUAUAAUAAUACCUGUUGUAUUCCGUUACUCACCACCACUUCAAAGGGGAAUGAUAUUUUUGAAUUAUGUGCGUUAUCCCAAUAAUAAUAACUAUAUUCAUCCUGAAAAGUAUGGAAUUAAUGGCACCAGGAAUUUUUACAUAACAACAAACGAUAAUAUUACUUUAGGAGUUUGGCACGUUUUACCUGCUAAAUUACUGCAACAGAAUGAACACAGAAGCAACAAUUUUGAACAACUUUUAGGCCAUGGUGAUCCUAUUAUAAUAUAUAUGCAUGGGAAUGCUGGUACGCGUGCAAAUGAGCAUAGAGUAAUGUUAUAUAAAGUAUUGCAAAAUGUUGAUUGUCAUGUAAUAGCUGUAGAUUAUAGAAGUUAUGCAGAUUCAACUGAUGAUACAAUAAGUGAAACAGGUGUUGUAAAUGAUAUUAUGGAAGUAUUUAAAUGGGUGCACAGUCGUGCUAAUGGCUCUCCUAUUUAUGGUUGGGGACAUUCAUUAGGCACUGGAAUAAGUUCCCACGCUUUUUCAUUAUUGGAAAAAGAAGGACUUUUUUCAAAAGGUCUUAUAUUAGAAGCUCCAUUUACUAAGAUAAGUGAAGAAAUUCGGGAAUAUCCUCUUGCUAAGAUUUACGGUUUUUUACCUUGGUUUGACUAUUUUAUUAUUGAUCCAGUUGUAGAAAAUGGUAUUGUAUUUGAUACUGAAGAAAACUUAAAAACCACUAAAAUGCCUGUUUUAAUUUUGCAUGCACGAGAUGAUGUUAUAAUACCUUAUAAACUUGGGGAAAAGUUGUAUAAUUAUCUAAUGAAAUCUAGAGAUAAUUCAACAUAUGUUGAAUUGGUGUUAUAUGAUUCUCACCUAAAAUUUAACCACAAAUUUAUAUGUAAAGAUAAAGAAUUAGGGAACAAAAUCAAGAAAUUUAUAAAUAGUACUUCUAGCAUUAUGUCUUAAUAAAUUUAGAAAUAUUGUUUUGUGAUUAAAUAAAAUUAAAAUUUUUUUACUUUGAACAAUAAUUCCUUUAUUAUUUUCUUAUUAGAUUAUGUUUUGUGAUUUUAAAAUUUGAUAAA